AUGUCGUCUCCAACUCUUCUCGUCACUGGUGUGACUGGUUUCAUUGGCUUCAAAGUCCUCAUCACCGCACUUGAAGAAGGUUAUACUGUCCGAGCCGCCGUACGCUCUAUUGAAAAAUCCAAGACCCUUUCGUCGCACCCCAAGAUAUCGGCUGCGUGCCAGCAGGAUAAGCUCUCUUUCAUUGAGAUAACUGAUAUCUGCCGCGAAGGUGCUUAUGAUGUUGCUCUCAAAGGCAUUACCCACGUUAUUCACCUGGCUUCGCCUCUCCCAUCGCCUUUCCUGGACCCCCAGGCUGAGAUCUAUGAGCCGACUAUCAAAAGCGUAAAAGCUAUUCUCCAGUCAGCUCUCAACGCGCCUACAGUAAGGAAAGUCGUCAUCACGUCUUCGUCCUUUGCCAACACUCCCUUCCCACCAGACCCUACCACGCAGGUCACCGCUGAAUCGCGCGCGCCCAACCUGUCGGGCCCUUUUGAUUCCAUGCUUCCUGCAUAUAUGGCGGGCAAGGUCGCGGGUCUGAAUCUGACAGACAAGUUUGUCGAGGAGAAUCGACCGUCCUUUUCCGUGGUGAACAUCUUCCCUGGACUCGUCCUGGGAAGGGAUGAUAGAGCUACCAGCUUGGAGAGCCUCGGCGUAGGAACCAACGCGAUCCUGUUGGGUGUCAUCACAGGCCAGUCCGCAAGUUGGCCGCUUGCUUCGGGUAUAGCCCAUGUGUCGGAUGUCGCCAAAGUUCAUGUGAUGGCGUUGAAGGAAGACAUUACUAAAGAUAUUGGCGUAACAACUACGCAUAAAUUCAACGAUGCCUGGGAUAUUGUCAAAAAGCACUUCCCAAAGGCCGUGGCCGAUGGCCUAUUUACCCAGGGCGAUCAGCCAACUGUGCCUUCAAGCUGGGACCAUUACCAGAACGAGAUUAAUUUAGGGUCUGAUUACAAGACCUACGGAGACAUAGUGGUUGAUGUUGCCAACCAGUACCUCGAGCUAUAUGGUAAAGAGAAGGCAUAG